CAUAAGUGACGUCGUUAAAUUCAGAAGGGCAUUGCUGACCCGAUGCGCGCCAAAACCACACGUGGCAGCACCUGGCAAAUGCUUUUAUCCCCAGUAAAUUAAUGCUACCUCAUACCUAAUCUCUUUAUUUUUUCUCCUUCUCUCUGCCAUCCUUCAACAUCGACACGCAACAACAGCAUGGCAUCAAGAUUCGGCCAUUCGACACUUCACCAGCGGGAUUCCCGCAGCGCCCUGUUCGAGGGAUACAGCGGCAGCGGCCGUAACAGUGCCGACCCUGCGAGACGAUCCAGCCCGGCCGCGGGUUACGGCUACGGAUACCCCGGAGGUAGUAACGGGUCAGCGAGUUCGCAUCUUGGUGCGGAUAACAGAGGGACAUUCAGGCCCGCGACGCCGAAUUCAAAGGGCCAAUACAGCGAUGCGGUGCUCAACGAGCUAGAAAGCCAAAACGACCAGCAGGUCGAGGGCAUCUUAGGGAAGGUCAAAGUCCUGAAAGAUGUGAGUUUUAUACUGCUGUUGAUGCUGCGCAUGACGGUGGCUAUCGGCGACGAGAUUAGAGAGUCUUCGGCGCUUGCGGAGAAGAUGAACGAUACGUUCGACUCGACGCGGUUAAGGCUACGCGGCACUAUGAACAGGAUGUUGGUCAUGGCUGAGAGGACCGGCGUCGGCUGGAAGGUCUGGCUUGGUUUCUUCGCUGCCGUGAUCUUCAUCUUCUUUUACGUCUGGCUUUUCUGAACACCUACCUCCUUUCGUUCCGGGUCAUCUAUCAACAUACCUACUCAUCUCCAACCCGUGAACGAACAACAAAUUCCCAUGCGCAAGCUUUAGACACGAGCAGCAUUACAUUACAUCACGGAAGGCGUUGUGGCGUGUUUUCAUUUUCCAUUUUUGGCAUCAACAGGGUACAACGGUACGAUCGAGCAAGAGAAAAGGGGGGGAGAUGUUCUGAAUAGCACUGGGUAAUGCCGCAAAAAA